CUCUGUAAAUAUAAUGAAUAUGGACAAAUUCCUAACACGUCCUCCAAUGUUAGUGACCAUCAGAGGAUUCAUGUUGGAAAAAACACAUGUACAUGCAAUGAACCUGAGAACAUGCUUAGUCAGUCAUCAAGACUGCAUAUAAAUAAGACAAUCCAUACUGGACAGAAAGGUUACAUUUGCCAGGAGGGUGGCAGAGCCUUCAGCUGGCACUCAGCACGAAUUCAACAUCAGCGAGCGCACACGGGAGACAACCCUUACAAAUGUGAAGAAUGUGGUAAACCUUACAAAAGUGAAGAAAGUGGUAAAACUUUGAUUGAUGGCUCAUCAGUAAAUGGACAUAAUCCAAUCCUUACUGGAGAGAAACCUGACAUUCAUAAAAAACGUGGAAUGGCCUUUACUCAACACUCACCUCUUACGGAACAUCACAGAACCCAUGCUGGAGGGAAACCUUACCAAUGUAAAGAAUGUGGCAAGUCCUUUAACCGGCCUUCUGUCCUUAAUAAACAUCACAGAAUCCAUACUGGAGAGAGACUUUACCAAUGUAAAGAAUGUGGCAAGGCCUUUAAUUGGCGUUCUGUCCUUAAUCAACAUCACAGAAUCCAUACUGGAGAGAAACCUUACCAAUGUAAAGAAUGUGGCAAGGCCUUUAAUCAAUCCUCAACCCUUAAUGAGCAUCACAAAAUCCACACUGGAGAGAAACCUUACCAAUGUAAAGAAUGUGGCAAAUCCUUUACCCGCAUUUCAAACCUUUAUAACCAUUACAGAAUUCAUACUGGAGAGAAACCUUACCAAUGUAAAGAAUGUGGAAAGGCCUUUAACUCCAGGUCAGACCUGUACAGACAUCACAGAAUCCAUACUGGAGAGAAACCUCACCAAUGUACUGAAUGUGGCAAGGCCUUUGUCCGACACUCACACCUUAUUAGACAUCACAAAAUUCAUACUAGAUUGAAACUUUACAAAUGUAAAGAAUAUGGCCAUAUUAAUAACUGACCCUUACACCUUAGUCAACAGCACUGAAUUCAUACUUGACAGAAACCUUGAUAGAAACCAAUGUAAAGAAUGUAGUUAGGUCUUUCAUCAGUCUUUAAUCUAAAUUUACUCACGAUCUCAGAAUUCAUACUGGACCAAAUCUUUCAAAUUUAAGGAAUGUGAGAAACGUUUUGUGGACUACUCACUCCUUACAUCACAUAGGGAAGUGUAUCCUGGCGAAUAACCACUGAAUACUAAAGAGUGUGGCAAAGCUUUGAAGCAAUGCUAAAUGGUGACUCCUGAUCAGAGACUGAAUACUGGGGAGGAUUUUGCAAAUAUAAAGACUUUGGGAAGUCUGUUCAUCACAGGUGAAGCUUCAUUCUACAUGACAGAAUUCAUAGUGAAGCAAAAACUUAAAGUGUAAAGAAAGUAGUAAACGCUUUAUGACUCCUCAAACUCACUCGGCAUCACAGACUAUAUGGUGAGGAGAAACAUUACAAUGAUAAAGUAUGUGUCCAUCCUAUAGCUGGACCUCACGACUUGAUCCAUAUCAUAGCUAACUUACAGGAUAGAAAGUAACAUGUACAGAAGAAAAAAAAAAAGCAGUGCUUAUGAGUGCAAUUUGACCCUUAAUCAAUAUCCAAAAGUUCACAUGAGAUUUAUAUUAUACAGACAUAAUGAAUGAGGAAAGGCCUUCAAUUAAAUGUAGGCUUUAGCAAACCCCAGACAGUGCAUGAAAGAAGGUCACUUGAAGGAUAUAAAUAUUUGGAAAAAUAUUGAACUGAACAUCAGAUGUCAAUAAGUGUUACAGAAUCCACAGUAGAAAGGAGUACAUCAGACUGUAUUCAGACAUUCAUCAACAUACUGAUAAUAAGGACUAAUACAAUGUUAAACACAAUAGAUAUGCUAUUAUGCCUCAAGAG